AUGGGCCGUGGCCAGUUUGCAAGUGUCAACAUGGCCAAGCACGUGAAGACUGGUGACACUCUUGCAGUGAAGAUCAUCAACACGAGCCGAAUGGACCCAGCCAAGAUUCAGCGUGAGAUCGACAACCAGCGUGGACUUCGGCACCCGAACAUCAUCCAACUUAUGGAAGUGAUUGAAAGUGACGGCAAAGUCUUCGUCUUCAUGGAACGAGGUACAGGCGGUGACCUCUUUGAGUUGAUCAUCGCUCGGAACCGGCUCCAGGACAAGGAGGCGCGAUGCUAUUUCCGGCAGAUCGUUGAUGCAGUGGGAUUUUGCCAUCGGAAUUGCGUAUGUCAUCGAGAUCUCAAGCCUGAGAACAUCUUCCUCGAUUCCAAUAUGAAUAUAAAGCUGGGGGACUUCGGACUCUCCUCAAAGUUCGAGUGGGGAAUUCCUCUGACAGAGUCCGUAGGCUCGCCGAACUACGCUGCCCCUGAGCUGCUGCAGCGCGCGUGCAGCUACCAGGGUCCCGAGGUCGACGUUUGGGCUGCUGGCUGCGUGCUCUAUGCCAUGAUUACGGGGACAUUACCUUUUGAUGCAGACCGAACCGAUGCUCUCUUCAAGCUCAUCAAGUCAGGUACAUAUCGUAUGCCUGGCUACGUCUCAGCGGAGGCCAAGGACGUCAUAUCGAAGAUGCUGGUCAUUGAUCGUGAAGCGCGAGCUUCCAUGGCAGAGAUUCGAAGCCACUGCUGGCUAAAGGAAGAAGUGAAGAUUCUGGUACCAAACAAGCAAGAGGUCAACGAGUCUGUCGACCACACACAUUCGAAUCAUUCGACUCUGCUGGCAAAGAUGCUGCUGGCCAUGGCCGAAGGCACCCACCCGGUCUCUCACAAGAUCCGCUCCUGUCGCAGUUUUGGGCAUGUGACCGCAAAGCGCAGAGCCAGCCAGAGCUCCACUUUUGGUCUGGCUCGGGCUGCAUGCUCCAUGGAGUCUGUUGUGACGAUGCCGGCGUGCUGA